UGAGGCGCGCUACUUCCUGGCUACUGUAGUGCGCGUCGAGGGUAACGGGUUGGUCGGAGCUCUGUGGUGGAGCAGGAUGCUGGUGUUAGUGCUAGGAGACCUGCACAUCCCACACCGAUGCAGUGGUCUGCCAGCGAAGUUCAAGAGCCUCCUGGUUCCGGGGAAAAUUCAGCAUAUUUUGUGCACAGGAAACCUCUGCACCAAGGAAAGCUAUGACUACCUCAGGACCUUGGCUGGGGACAUUCAUGUUGUUAAGGGGGACUCUGAGAGCCUGAAUUAUCCUGAACAGAAGGUUGUAACUGUUGGGCAGUUCAGAAUUGGGUUGAUUCAUGGCCAUCAAGUCAUUCCCUGGGGGGAUGUCACAAGCUUGGCAUUGCUACGGAGGCAGCUGGAUGUAGACAUUCUUAUCUCAGGACACACACACAGAUUUGAAGCAUUUGAGCACGAAAAUAAGUUCUACAUCAACCCGGGAUCAGCUACAGGAGCCUACACUGCUUUAGAAACGAAUGUCAUUCCUUCAUUCGUACUGAUGGAUAUCCAGUCUUCCACAGUUGUGACUUAUGUAUACCAGCUAAUUGAGGACGAUGUGAAAGUAGAAAGAAUUGAGUUCAAGAAAAACUGAUAAGCGUUUGAAUCUGCUCACCAUCUCUCAUUCCUCCUCUUUUAGUUAAAGCUGAAUCCGGCCACGUGGGGGUGCUGCUGCAGCGGCGUGUUGGGUUGUAAAUCUGCAGCCACGUGAGCUUGUGAUGUUCACAACUAGGGUUUAGAACAGGAGAAACUGAGUAAGAGAAAUGGGCUUAUAUUUAAAA